GAAGGGGGCGGUAACGAACGAGUAAUCCGCGGUUAAGACACGAAGAAGAAGAACAAGAAGAAUGCGGAAGUAACCGAGUCCACAACGAAAACACACAAACACCAAACACUGAUCUUUACCUGAAACUGCGGUGUCUGUCUCAUGUGUGUGUGAGUCUCUGUCUGGAGGAUAUGUGCAGGUGUGAUGGAAGCGAGUGUGUGUUUGGACGACUCGAUGGCUCCAGAUGAGGGCUCUCUGAUUGAAGGAGUGAGUGACCCCGUGCUCCUGGUGCUGGUCCUCAGCGUCACCUUUCUGGUGGGUCUGGCAACGCUGCUCUGCAGGAAUGAGCAGCAGAGGAUUCAUCCGGACAAUCAGGAGCACGUGCGAGUGGUCAGAGAGCAGCUGCAGUCCGAGCAGGUUCGUCAGAUACGCUUCAUUUAUCAGUCUCCGGUGCUCCUGCUGUUUAUUCAAGCUCGCUCUUACGCUCUAUAUUUGGGUCAUGAGCUGGAGGCCAAGUGUAAAAAUAUCCCUCGGUUCAGCUUCAGGCCGCUCGGGUUCGCCUCUGACCCGCUGGCCCCGCCCCCUCUGGCCCCGUCCAAUCACCAGCCUGCUUCUGCUGUCUGUCAGGAGCUAAAACUAGCAGGUGAAGUUAGAUCCUCAGCAGAGGAAACGAUUUCAAGUCAGGAGAAAAUAUCAUUCUACAUUUCCAAACAUCCGUUUUGGCCAUUAAUCAUAAUAAUCCACUGCCCAGGCAUCAGUUCUACCGAGACUAACUGCGGUCAUCUGUUCUGUGGGCCGUGCAUCAUCGCUUACUGGCGAUACGGGACGUGGCUCGGAGCCAUCAACUGCCCGAUCUGCAGACAGAUGGUGACCCUGCUUUUCCCGCUCUUUCACGACACGGGGCUGAGCGCUCAGACGCCGGACGGUCAGGUGGAACCCGCGCUGGUCCUCAGCGACAUCAACGACUACAACCGGCGCUUCUCCGGCCAGCCGCGCUCCCUGCUGGACCGUCUCAGGGACGUCCCCACACUGCUGCGGCAUGCCUUCAGGGAGAUGUUCUCCGUGGGUGGUCUCUUCUGGAUGUUCCGGAUCCGGAUCCUUCUCUGUGUUCUGGGAGCUCUGACCUAUCUGGCCUCUCCGCUGGACUUCAUCCCCGAGGGCGUGGUGGGGCUCCUCGGCUUCAUGGACGACUUCUUUGUCAUCCUCCUGCUCUUCAUCUACAUCUCCAUCAUGUACCGUGAGGUGGUGACGCAGCGGCUGGCCGGCUGACCUCUGACCUCUGACCUCUGCUGCUUCUGCUUCCCUUCCCAUUAAACCUCAUGCGUUCUGGCUUCAGCGCGGUCCAGAGUCUGAGCUGAUGACCCAUCAAGACUUUUCUGCAAUAUUAUAAUAUUACAUGUGUCAAAUAUGAUAGAGCUGGGAUGUGAUAUGCAGACUCAAGCUGCAGGAAAUGUUUGAUACACACACAUACACACACACACACACACACAGAGACACAGACACACACACACACACACACACAGAGACACACACACACACACACACACACAGAGACACAGACACACACACACACACAC